AUGGGAAGGAAUGAGAACAAACUGACAUUGGGCUUCACUGAGAAGUAUCUCGAGAAUCUAUACAAUAAUAAGAAGAAGACAGAGUCUGUUACCAAGAAAAAAUUAAUUGUGAACUAUGGAAGAAUUCAUAUAACUACCAUUAGUAACUUCUCUUCAUGUCAUGCUUGUGAAUGUGAACUGACAUUUGAUAGAUCCAGAUGGCAAGAGUCUGAUAUUGUCAUCUUAACAGACCAAACCUAUCCUCAGGGAGAAAGGCCACCGAAUCAAUUAUGGUUCAUUUUUGUACAUGAAUCUCCUCUUCAUGUGAGUAUCGGAGAUUAUUUGGGCAACAAAGUGAACUACACAAUCACCUACCGAAGAGAUUCCUCAGUCUACUUGCCGUAUCAUAAUUAUAAGCCAAUUGAUCCAACUCAUGGUCCGCAUACAAGAUAUCCACUUCCUUCUCAUAAUUAUGCUGCUGGGAAGACUAAAAUGGCUGCAUGGUUUGUGACUAAUUGUUUCGCUAAAAGUCCAAGAAAUUAUUAUGUGCAGGAGCUGUCAAAGUAUUUAAAGAUUGAUAUUUACGGAAAAUGUGGUACGAAGAGCUGCCCGAGAACCUCAGAAACUGAGUGUUACAAGCUUCUUGAGAAAGAUUACAAAUUCUACCUCAGCUUUGAAAACAGCUUAUGUCCGGACUAUAUAACGGAGAAGCUUUUCAGGAAUGCUUACAGGAAUAAUAUAGUUCCCGUUGUUAUGGGGGCAUCAGUUGAGGAGUAUGAACGCGUUUCACCAGCUCACUCAUUCAUCCAUGUGGAUCAGUUUGAAUCACCUGCAAAGCUUGCUGAAUAUCUCAAGUAUUUGGACCGUAAUGACACCGCAUAUAACGAAUACUUUGCAUGGCAUGGUCAUGGAGUUAUAGAUGACUGGAAGCCUAGACCGAUGUGUGUGUUGUGCUUAUUCGCUCAUGUUGUCGACCAGCUUCAGCCACAUUCAUUUCCAAAUGUUUCUCAGUGGUGGAAUGAUGCUUGCAAUGGUAGAAAACUACGUUGGAAUCCUACUAGCCGAUGAAGUAUUUUUACUUCCAGUCGUAGUUUUUCCUACGUGAUUACCAUAAUCUUAACCCUUUUUUGUAACUUGUGAA